AUGGCCGCCGACCACCACGGGCUCGCCCCCGACCAGCCCAAGCGCAGGCGCCGGAAAGGACUCAGAGGACGCCGCCGCUCCAAGCCUCCGAUUUCUGCCCGUCUCGUCCUGGAUAGCCACCUGCGGGGCGACGUCGCUGUGCUGUCUGAUGACCUGGUGACGGAUCUGUUCCCAGGAAUCAAUCUGACUGAGGCCGGACUGAACAGCAACACCCAGGAAGUCCUCUACGUCGCCAUCUCUCCCUACACUCCUCACUACCAUGCUGUCGACGAUAUUCCCUGGACCAUCAUCCCAGCGCGGAUUCAGCCCACGGAGCGGUCGCAGGUCGCGCCCAUCUCUCACUCGACCGUCCUAUUCCCGGCCUCGGCGAACUACCUGCAAUCCUUCUUCUACACCCUGGGAAAGCUGGAUCCUACGCGUCAUGCGGUUCAGCCGCAGAAACCGAUCGAGAUCCGAAUUCUCGACGUCGCCCCCCUGCAUCUCGAUACCGUGUAUGUGACGGUGGAGCGGCAUCUUCUACGGAACCAUGACGACGUACAGAAUAAAUUCGGUGGAGGAUUCAGUACCAACGCGCAAGGGGUCAACGGGCUCUGGGCCAAGGGAGGCAAGGCCACCGAAGCAAAAAGGUAUACGAAGAAGGCGGCUGCGGAAGAUGAGGAGAGAUUGACCGCCGCGGUGCGCGAGGCCUUGUCGAAGCAGAGGGUCGUCCACACCGGCGACCUCCUGCCGCUCCCACUUCCAUCGCAUCCUAUCACCCAUGUCCCGCCUCCCCCAGCCAAGAUAUCCUUCUGUGAACCGGUCGCGCAGGGUCUGCUUCUGCCAACCACCAAAAUCGUUCUCAUCCAGGCUCGUCCACGGGGAUCUCGUGCUCACAAGAGUUUGGCUUCCCCGAGUUUGGCUUCACCGGGAUCGGGUCUCCUGAAAGGCGUUACCGAAGAUGACGCCGACGACACUUCCAAUGAGCAGUUUUACUCGGCCGCAGAGGAGCGGCCAAUGGACAGUGGCACGGAGGUGGAAAGCACCUCGCCGCCGGACGAAUCUGAGACGGAAGGGUCGGUGGAGUCUGCAAACGACUCUUCAGAUGAUUCUCUCGAAGAUAUGAUCUCUCUCACUGCCCCAGAAUUGCCGCAGCAGCCCUCCGGGACAAUGUCCGCCAUGUCCUCCAUGACGCCUCGCCCUGGUGGCCGACGCGUGGAUGGCGUUCAUACUCCUGGGUCGGUAGUGUCGAAUUUUACCUCGGGGACGGCUCGUCCGAACCGCGGAUAUGGGAAGACUUUCAAAGCAGAGGGCCUUCUCAAUCGCGUGCCAACGGAGCUGUUACAUCCAAAGCCCAAAGAAGACGACGACACCGACUCCUUUGUCUUCGUCGACAUCAACACCCUCGUCAAGAUUGGCUGUUUCUCAGGGGACUGGGUGAGAAUCGAACCCACAGAAGAGCCGCAGGCGAACAUGUUGGCGUCGCUCGGCAGCCUGAACCUGGGUGACGAGGAUUCUGGCAACUGGCGUGCCGUCAAAGUCUACGGAUUACCUGGGCUUCCGUCUCCGAAACCACGAUACGUCGUGGGCCAGCCGGCUGACCGACGGUCGAGCAUCUCUCAGCUACCCGCUCAGCGUCUUACGCCCACAGUCUUCGUGCCUCCGCUGCUGCUCAGCAAUCUGGAUAGCCCCAAAUACGUGAAGCUGUCGCCAUUGCCCUUCACGGCUGCGCAUGGAUCAAGAUCUGGCCUAUCACAGCAGCACAAGUCGACGUCGCCCAAGUCUCCGCCAGUCGCCAAAGAAGUCACUCUUCUCAAGAUUGCCACACCAUUGUCGAUGGACCGGACGCUUCAGCCAGCAUUGUUUGCCGGACUACGACGCUACUUCGAGUCGAAGCACAGGCUCCUGAAGAGUGGCGACCUUGUUGGAAUCAGCGUCGAUGAAGGACUCGGAAGAGCUGUGUUCUCGGCCAGCAAGGCUACAGAUGGUGGCAACCAGGAGGACGAUUUGACAGCCAAGCUCGGCUUCGUCCCAGAGUCGCCUCAGGACGACGCCGCUGGAGCUCGAAAAGUGGGUGUGGCGUGGUUUCGUGUUGGACAGGUUGUCCCUGCGGUUGCUGGGGACCAGGAAGACGGCGCUGAAGAUCAAUGGGGUGGUAUGGCCGUCAUCGAUUCCUCGAGCACUCGCAUGGUACAGGCAGGAAGCGAGAUCAGCCGAGUUCCUGGCACCUUGGGCAAUGGCUGGGAGUAUUGGCUUGGGGUGAAGACUCUGCCCAAGCCAAGCACUGAUAUUCCUCCGUCUCACGGUCUCGUCACGGAGUUGCCGAAGAUAUUCGUGCCUCCACUCCAGAAACGCCUGCGGGAGCUGAUGACGGCCGCAACCAGUCCUCGAGCCAUCCAGCUGGGGAUGCCUCCGGUCGUGAUCCUCCUGAGGUCAACUCAGAGGAACAUCGGGAAGUCGACGCUCGCAACGCGCGCGUGUGCCGACAUCGGGCUUCACACCUUCACCGUGGAUGCCUACGACAUUCUUACGGAAGGUGGAGCCAAUGGAGGCGACGUCAAGACAGAGGCGUACCUGAAAGCAAGGGCUGAGAGGGCCUUUGCUUGCGGUGCGAACUGCACAGCGCUUCUCAUCAGACAUAUUGAAGUCCUGACCGCCGACAGGAUGAUCACCGCCAUGAAGGAGAUUGUUGCGGAUUCCCGGGUCAUCGUCGCAACGACCACCGACGUCGACAAGAUACCCGAAGGCAUCCGGAGUCUUUUUACGCAUGAGUUUGAAAUGACCGCGCCCGAGGAGAAGGAGCGAGAAGGCAUCCUCCAAAACGCAGUUCUUGAUCGGAGCAUCCGGCUCUCCCCCGACGUGGACCUGGCAGCCGUGGCAAUGAAAACCGCCGCUCUCGUGGCUGGGGAUCUUGUCGAUGUGGUGGAGAGAGCGUCUGCGGCGAAAUCGGCUCGUCUUGAGAAACUAGCCGAAACCGCCAGCGCUCAUCACGCAGACUCCACAGUCAGUGUCAGGGACGUGCAGCUGGCAGGCGGGGAUGCUGCGCGCUGCGUGACUAAGGCCGACUUCGAUCUUGCCGUCGACGCGGCGAGAAAGAACUUUUCCGACGCGAUUGGGGCACCGAAGAUCCCGAACGUUACCUGGGACGACGUCGGUGGAUUAACGAACGUGAAGGACGCCGUUAUGGAAACCAUCCAGCUGCCUCUCGAACGGCCCGAGCUCUUUGCCAAGGGCAUGAAGAAGCGUAGCGGCAUCCUGUUCUAUGGUCCGCCGGGAACGGGAAAGACUCUCCUCGCGAAAGCCAUCGCCACCGAGUUCUCUCUCAACUUCUUCUCCGUCAAGGGUCCGGAACUGCUCAACAUGUAUAUUGGUGAGUCGGAGGCGAACGUCCGUCGCGUGUUCCAGCGCGCUAGAGACGCACGGCCGUGCGUGGUGUUCUUUGACGAAUUGGACUCGGUUGCGCCCAAGCGAGGCAACCAAGGCGACAGUGGCGGCGUGAUGGACCGCAUUGUCAGCCAGUUGCUUGCGGAGUUGGAUGGAAUGAGCAAUGGCGAUGAGAACGGCGGCGGUGUCUUCGUCAUUGGGGCGACCAACCGGCCGGAUCUUCUGGAUCCGGCCUUGCUGCGUCCUGGGCGCUUCGACAAAAUGCUCUACCUGGGCGUGUCCGAUACGCAUGAGAAGCAGACUCGGAUCCUGGAGGCGCUGACCCGGAAAUUCACGCUCCACCCAGACGUCUCCCUUCCACGGAUUGCGGAGCGACUGCCCUUCACCUACACGGGUGCCGACCUGUAUGCGCUCUGCUCGGACGCCAUGCUCAAGGCCAUUACCCGGCAGGCAGCGGCGGUGGACGAGAAGAUCAAGACACUGCCAGGUGGUCCAGUCAGCACGGCAUACUUUUUUGACCACCUCGCGACGCCGGAGGACGUGGCUGUGAUGGUGACGGAGCAGGACUUUAUCGACGCCCAGAAUGAGCUCGUUCCUAGUGUCAGUGCCCAGGAAUUGGAGCAUUUCGAACGGAUACGCCGGACAUUCGAAUCGGCCACUGCGCAGGAAAAGCAAGGGUCCGCGCCUCGCACGAUAGGAGAGGCGCUCGAUGGUCUCAGCCCUGGGAGCGAGAUCACGGAGAACGGCAGCGCGGUCGUGAACGGCAACUUGCACGAGCACGACAGCAAAGGGAAGGGCAAAACAGGAAUGAGCAGCGUGCGAAGCUUGAGCGGCGGAGUGCCGUCCAUAGGACGAGGCAAAGGCCGAAUUAUCUCAGCGAUGCACGUAGCAGGAGGCAAGGGGAAGAGCAAGACGGUUGUCCCGAGCGGGGGGGACUCGGACUCGUCGUUCGAUGGCUACCAGCCGGGUUCUCGAAACGGGAGCACGCAACGUGGUGGCUACGAGGAUUUGGGCGAGGAGGGGGAUGAUGAUGGCGAUGGCGUGGAGGAUGGAGAUGACGACGAGUAUGUGGUUCGCACCGACCAUCUGAAGUCGAGUGCGACGGACUAUGACGAUGUGGAUUGA